AUGAACUACGUGGGGCAGCUGGCGGGCCAGGUGCUGGUGACGGUGAAGGAGCUGUACAAGGGCAUCAACCAGGCGACGCUCUCGGGGUGCAUCGACGUGGUGGUGGUGCGGCAGCAGGACGGCACCUACCAGUGCUCCCCCUUCCACGUGCGCUUCGGCAAGCUGGGCGUCCUGCGCUCCAAGGAGAAGGUGAUUGAUAUAGAAAUUAACGGUGAUGCUGUUGAUCUUCACAUGAAACUGGGUGACAAUGGAGAAGCAUUCUUUGUACAAGAAACUGAGGAGGAAAAU